CGAGACCGUCACCGAGGACCUCCCCGUGGACACGACCCCCGUUGUUUACAAACGCGUCGCCCCCGAGGGGCCCCGCCGCGAAGGGCCCUGCCAGCCCUGCCCCCCGAGGGCCCGCCGGCCUGCCGAGCCGCCACCAAUGUGCACCGUUACGUCACGCCUGGAUUUCAGUGACCACCGCCGCCACGACCCCGGAUCAGACAGUCACCAUGGGCUGCCUCAGCAACGUGGCCAUGAGGAUCAAGCGCCGCUACACCCGGCGGCAAUGGAGCACCGUCAUGUUGAUCGGGACCGUCAACUUUGCCGGUGCCGUGUGCAUCUCCCUGCAGGCUCCCUUCUAUCCGCAAGAGGCGGAGAUGAAGGGGUCCACGGCCACGGAGUACGGAUUAGUGUUCGGCAUCUUCGAGCUCGUCUCCUUCCUAAGCAGCCCCCUCUUCGGAAAAUACCUCGACACUAUCGGAGCCAAGUUCACUCUGACUAGCGGCAUCUUCGUGGCCGCUGUGUCAUGCAUGCUCUUCGGUCUGCUGGACCUGGUGAUGCAGCACCCCGAGUUCAUCGGCUUGUCCUUCGCCGUGCGCAUCGUCGAGGCCCUGGGCGCCUCUGCCGCGCUCACCGCCGCCUUUGCCAUCAUCGCCUCCGAGUUCCCGGACUCCGUCGGCACCACUUUUGCGACGCUGGAGACGUUCUACGGCGUGGGCUACAUCGUGGGGCCCACGAUCGGCGGGCUGCUGUUCCAGGCCGGCGGCUACAUCCUGCCCUUCAUCGUCAUGGGCAGCAUGCUGGGCGUGGUGGGCGUGGUGACGUGCGUGGUGCUUCCCGCCAGCAACCAGCCCAAGAAGCCGCAAGCGAGCCUGCUGAAGAUGCUGGCCGUCCCGGGGGUGCUGCUGGACUCGCUCGUCACCACCGCCACGGCCAUGAGCAUGGGCUUCUACUCCGCCACCCUAGAGCCGCACCUCAGACAGUUCGACCUGUCCCCCGCGCUGGUGGGGGUCAUGUUCAUCAUCAGCGGCGGCAUCUACGCCGUGUUCGCGCCGCUCGUGGGCCGCAUCAUCGACAGGUGCUGCUACGCCAAGCGCGUCGUGCUGCUGGGCGGCCUGUUCGUCAUCGUGGGCGUCGCGCUGGUGGGGCCGGCCGACUUCAUGCCCGUCGAAACGUCACUGUGGCUGUGCGUGCUGGGGCUCAUCAUCCACGGCCUGGGGCUGUCCUGCCUCAUGGUGCCCACCUUCUCCGACGCCAUCAGCUCCGCGGUGUGCGCGGGCUUCCCCGACGACCUGACGACGUACGGCGUGGUGUCCGGGCUGUGGGCGGCGUCCUUCGCGCUGGGGGCCUUCGUGGGGCCGUCCGUGGCCGGCGUGCUCUUCGACACGGUGGGCUUCCGGAAGUCCACCUACUUCAUCAUCGCCGUGCACGUCCUCGUCGUGGUGGGCACGGCGCUGUUCUUGUGCUGCGAGAGGAGACCGCCGGCCAGGAAGCCGGGCAAGCCCAAGACCAACAUGAACGGGCUGCUGCGACUGGAGGAGUCCAACGCGUCCAGCCUCAACCUCAUCGCCAACUGGAGCCAGGACCACCGCAACCAGUCCUUCCCCGGCGUGACGCGCAACAAGGCCGGCAACGACUACGGCAGCAUCGGCUCCACCCUGUCCGUCAUCGAGGUGGCCGCGUAGCGCCGCGUAGCGCCGCGCAGCGCUGGAGAUACUCCGCGACUCCAGGACGGUUGCAGAUACUCCGCGCGCCGAGGAGUUUUACACAGCCGCGCGGCCGCACUGCCGAUACACCCUGAUUUUCCGAGCAUAGCCUCCCCAGCAGGGGGUAUCGACGCGCCGCACCGGAAUACUCCGAGGCAUUCGGGAGGACCUUUCCAGCGGGGAGUAUCCACGACAGUGUCCGGCGAGAUACGGCUGCCCUCGGCCGCGUCCGACACUCGACACAUACUCGACUUAAAGGGCUGUGAUAUAUUUUUAGUGGUAGUUCUCGAAGAGCCAUUCAUUUUCGUUUUAAUUAAUUUAUGAUCUCUUUUAUGGAGGUUAUCCACACGAAUGAACAGUAACAAUAAUUCAAGCCAAGAGGGGAUCAAGAAACAAGUGUAACAGUAUUGCGGAGUCGGCAGGGAGCAGCCCCUCGCCCUGCCGUGCCUGGCCGUGCCUCGUUGCCGCCCGGUGGGUGGGCACCCCAACGCACACAACUGCAGCUCGCUGGGUUGCCUACCGCCAGGACUAUUGCUGCCUGGCCGAUCGUGCCAGUACCCCGUUUUCGGUGAAGUGCACAAUGUAACAACGUCUGUUUGACACAAAUGCACCACGAAUCCUUACCAAUUCGAGUGCAUGAUAAGUUAUUUUAGAGUCUGUUGGUGGGAUGUCGCUAAUAUAGAACCGCGUGUGAUACAAUUUCUCCUGUGCCAUUCUGUCCUGAAGGAGCUGCUGCCUCAGUUCCUUUUUCGACGUCCUUUACGUGCCAUGAAUUUCUAGACUAGGGUUGUGUCUUGAGUAGAGUGUAGUUUGGCGCCGGGAGCGAGUACCGGACUUGUCUGCGAACACGCGCCGCGCCUUUGAGACCAUGUGAUACUUGGGGGACACUAGUCAUAUGUGUCUGCCGCGCAGGCACAUUACUCAGGGGACGAGAUUUAGUGGAAACUGAAAAUGAUUUUUCAUGUCGAACAUUAUACUAGUAAACACCAACACUGCCGUUUUUAACUAAAAACUAGCCGUGUCGGCGUUGAGUUAAAAUAUUUCUCACCGUGUGGUUAGCAACUAAACUGCUGAAAGUUAGAUUUUUAAAAAAAUCGACAUUUGAGACAUUUUAUCUCUAAAUUUAAUGCUGUAAAUUUUUUGUACAUAAAAUGGCCGUAAAAUGUGUUUUCUGUUUUUAAAUUAUGAGACGGGUACGUUUCGAAAAUUGUAAAGUAUAUAUAAUUGUGUCAUGUGAACGAAAUUAAAAUAAAUUUUGAUUGUUUUAUAUCGUAA